GCCGUUGACGACAAAGUAACUACUUCCUACAGUGUAGUUGUUGUUGUUGUAGGCGCACAAGUAGCCAGUGGCAGUGGUUAAUUAUUUAGAUUGUUGUGGAAGGGAUGCUCAACGAAGGUCCGUGGAGCAACUUCCUGAGGCUCCGUCACGGAAAGCAGCUAGGCCGAACGAGGGAGUGUUUCGUGCCUGGAGCGUUCAUGUCUGUUGUCGCUCGACGAGGGCGGAGGGCAGCCUGCAGCGCAAGUACGAAGAGGAAGAGGAAGCCUUCUCGUCAACAUCUCAGUGGAAGUAGCAACAUGGCGGAAAGCGUCGACAAAUCAUCCCAAUCGAUCACUCUGGAAUCGAGGCGAGUCUCUCUGACUCAAUCAGAUGCAUGCUGCCAGUUGCUGAGCUACAAAAGUAACGAAGUCUACCUCGGCAACAGUUUAUCUCCGCGAGCCUGGUGGUAAGGAACAUUGAACACCUCCUUAGUUUGCACAAGAUUCGGCACUCCAUUAUCGGCUCUCAAUUCGCUUCUCAAAAGAUUUCCGGCGGGCAGCGCAAACGUGUCAACAUCGGAAUGGAGUUGGUUGCUGAACCGAGUAUUCUCUUCCUUGAUGAGCCAACUAGCGGUCUGGAUAGUGUAACCAGCGAGGAGGUUAUCGAGCUGCUGAAGGUGAUUGCACUUGCUGGUAAACUGACUAUAGUAAUGGUCAUUCAUCAGCCUCAGUAUGACAUCUUUCAACAAUUUGAUAACGUCAUUCUGAUGGAAGCAGGUGGACGAAUUGCUUACCAAGGCCCCGUUCAAGAAGCAAAGAUGUUCUUUGAUUCAAUUGGAUACGACAACUGCACUGGCCUGACCAAUCCCGCCGACUACUACCUCAAAUGCGUUGACACUUGUCUUGUGGAAAAUGAGGAGACUCGCAAAGCCACCGGAGAGCAGAAAAAGACCGUCGCUGAUUUGUGGGAGGAAGAGCGGAAACAAAUGUCAAAUGCACCUGAAUCAUUCCCAGAAGAGAAGUUUCGGCCGGUUGUACGACCAACCAUGAUCAUGCAAUUCCUCUACAUGCUCAGGCGUUUCAUGCUGAUAGCGAUAAGAAUGCGCACGGACUUCGCAACGGAUCUUGCACUGGUAGUAUUGUGUGGAUGUAUGCUUGGUAUCCUCUUCAUUGAGGCUAGCCUAUCGAGAUGGAACCAGGCCAAUGCAUUUUCUGGACUUGUAGUUGGUCUGACCGGAAUGAUCACAGCCCUACGACCGCUUGGUACGGAUGAAACCCGUCCCAUCUUUUGGCGAGAGAGCUCCAGUGGGAUCAACCGACUUGCCUACUUCUUAUCUAUCACUGUCGGACAUUUUCCGGUCAUGGUCUUGUAUCCCGUCUUCUUCUUGGGCCCGUACUACUUUCUAACAUCACCUCGAGCCUCUUACGGAGACAUGUACAUUGUGCUGAUAUUUACAUACUGGGCUGUUCUGGGUGUAGGGUACUUGAUCUCCAUAAUCCUCCAUCCGGACAACAGCAAAAUGGGGACUAUCGUCGUUGCCAUGUUUUGUACCGCCAUGUCGGGCGGAACGCCGACAACCAUCUGCACAUUUCAGACAUAUACUUUCAUCGGGCCGUUAGCGUACACCAUCGCUUACAGCAAGUGGUAUUCCGAGGCCAUGUUUGAACUCGAGGCAAACGCGUACCAUCCAAUCAUGGCGUUUAACGUACAGUACAUUGCUGGCUUCCAGGACUAUAGCCUGACCAACUUUGCCUUCUGCUUGCUAAUGUUGCUCGCUAUCGGUGUGGUUAGCAGAGUUAUCGCUUUUCUCUUCCUCAUUUUCACUCAUCGAGGAGAACAAAAGUAAGGUCAUAUGAAGUGCAGUAAGUUAGCUGAGACGGUGUGCCAGCACCCUUGCUACUUCUAACUCAUUCCAUUUACAUGAUGAACAGUGGGUCGUCGGAUUCUGCUCAAGAUUUUUUUGCUUUUGAUCAGACUCAUUAGUAUUAAAUGCUUUCAGUCUGCUCGCAAAAGACCAUGAUUCUGCUCAAUGCUCUGCUUCUCUUUAUUGUAUGAGAUAUCCUCAAAUACAAUCAAGUACAUACUUGUAGGUCCGCAUGCCAUGCGAUA